UAGCAGCAGCAGCAGCCUCUCAGCGCCAGUCAGCGUGUCCGGAGCUGACUCACACACACCCACGCACCCACAAAACACUCUUACACGUAUACAUACACAAAGUGAAGCACACAUGAGCCAGCGUUUAACAGAACACAGCGACUAGCACACCAGGAUCCUUGUGCUUCCAAGCAGGCACCGGUAAGGACGCUGUUGUGGAGGAGCGCGCUGAAAGUGGACGCAAACUUCCAGGAUGCUCGGUGCUGUCAAAAUGGAAGGACACGAACACGCAGACUGGAGCAGCUACUAUGGAGAGCCUGAGUGUUACACCUCAGUUGGCAACAUGAACACCGGACUGGGCAUGAACUCCAUGAACACCUACAUGAGCAUGUCUGGAAUGAGCACAGCGGCGAACAUGACUGCAAACUCUAUGAACAUGUCGUAUGUGAACACGGGCAUGAGUCCAUCCAUGACCGGCAUGUCUCCGGGCGCGGGGGCCAUGGCUGGCAUGGGCGCGGGCAUGGGCGCGGGCAUGACGGGCAUGGGCGCGGCCCUCAGCCCGAGCAUGAGUCCGAUGACGGCUCAAGCGCCUUCCAUGAACGCCCUGACCUCCUACACAAACAUGAACGCUAUGAGCCCCAUGUACAGCCAGUCCAACAUCAACCGAUCGCGCGAUCCCAAGACGUACCGUCGGAGCUACACGCAUGCCAAGCCUCCGUAUUCAUAUAUCUCUUUGAUCACCAUGGCGAUUCAGCAGUCCCCAAGCAAGAUGCUCACUCUGAGCGAAAUCUACCAGUGGAUCAUGGACUUGUUCCCCUUUUACCGGCAAAACCAGCAGCGCUGGCAGAACUCCAUCCGCCACUCGCUGUCCUUCAACGACUGCUUUAUUAAAGUGCCUCGCUCUCCAGAUAAGCCUGGCAAAGGCUCGUUUUGGGCCCUGCACCCUGAUUCGGGUAACAUGUUCGAGAACGGUUGCUACCUGCGGCGCCAGAAGCGCUUCAAAUGCGACAAGCUUAUGUGCAAGGAGUCAGGUCGGAAAUCAUCCGAAGCCGCAUCACACAGCAGCUCAGAGAGCUGCAAUGGCAACGAGUCACCUCACUCCAACUCAUCCGUCAGCGAGCACAAAAGAUCGCUUUCUGACUUAAAAUCUAACCCGGGAAUGAGCCCCGAUCACAACGCGCCCUCACCGGUCUCACAUCACCAACAGCAGCAGCACCUUAUGGCGCAGCAUCACGCGGUUUUGGCGCACGAUGCGCACCUGAAGCCCGAUCACCACUACUCCUUUAACCAUCCGUUCUCCAUCAAUAACCUUAUGUCAUCCGAGCAGCAACAUCACCACAAAAUGGACUUAAAAACAUAUGAACAGGUGAUGCAUUACGGUUACGGUUCGCCGAUGACCGGGGCGCUUUCUGUAGGCUCCAUGGCGGCUAAAGCGGGCUUUGACUCUUCGACUUUAGCAGCCGACACAUCCUAUUACCAGGGUGUCUACUCCAGACCCAUCAUGAACUCUUCUUAGUCUGGCGGACUUUUUAUCUGCUUGUAUAUAUUUGUAAAAAAUAAGCUUUGUGCAUAUGUAUUCUGGAUUUUUUUUUGACGUUUCGCGUUAAUUUAGUGUCACGUUUACUAGUAAAUAUUUUGUAAAACUGUUGUGAAGAAACCAAUGUGACGAACUCUAAAAGCGGCGACUUGGAAAAUGGACCGAAAUAACACUGAGAACCCUGGAAAUCCGAAUCGAAUAAGAAGAAUUGUUCUUCAUUUGUGAAAACCUUAUUUAUGGCUUGUAAAUGUGUAUUCUUGUAGUCAACGAUGCGAAAAAUCUAUAUUAAAGUGUUAUUUGAAUU